AGCAGCAGGGGAAGCGGCGGCGGCUGCGAAAGCUCCGGCUCCAGCCUCGGCUUCCCAGUCCCGCGGAGGAGCGCGCGGAGGGGAGACGGGCAUCGCCAGGGCUGCCAAGUGCGGACAAUGAUUCCACCAGGAGAAUGCCUGUAUGCUGGGAGGAAAAGGCGUAAACCCAUCCAGAAACAGAGGCCCGCGCAUGGGAAUGGGAAGUCUAAUCCUUCAAAGAGACACAGAGAUCGCUUGAACGCUGAGUUAGAUCACCUGGCCAGUCUCCUGCCUUUCCCACCGGACAUAAUAGCUAAACUGGACAAACUCUCCGUCUUGCGUCUCAGCGUCAGUUACCUUCGAGUCAAAAGCUUCUUUCAAGCUGUUCAGGAGAAGCGCUUGAAAAAGCACGCAGGUCAUGAAAUAAAGGAAGUUGACAUAGUCAAGGAGCCUGUCAUACCAGAAGGGGGAUUUUUACUGGAGGCAUGA